AAUUGGGAGUUUUCUUUUUCUUGUGGAAAGAUGACGAGAGAGGAGGCGGAGAGCAGAGGAGAUGAUACGAUGAUCGGUGCACCACAAAUAACCAAUCCAAAACCAGAAGAAUUCUUCAACGUUCAGUACCUCCGAAUCUACUACGGAAAUCUAUUUCCUUACACUGAUAGUCACAAAUGGCUUUUUUACGGACACGAUGGGAAACAUCCUGGUUGCGAUGAAUACUACUUUGGUCGAAGAGAAUUCUCUUUUACACUAGAAGAUGUUUAUUUGCGUUACAAGUUCUUCAAGUCUGCUUCAGCUUUGGAAGACGCUAUCAAAUCAAGUUUUCCUUAUAAGAUUGAUAUUGGCGCCGUCUACAGCGUUGAUAUGAGCCCCCUUUUUUUUUUGUAGCCAGAUAAGAGGCAUGCCUAUUCACAAACAGGUACCAAUGUGUUUACUCCUGUGGAGAGAGAGUUGGUCUUUGAUAUUGAUAUAACAGAUUAUGACGAUGUUAGAUACUGUUGCUCCGGAGCCGAUGUUUGCUCCGAAUGUUGGCCUUUGAUGACUGUUGCUAUCAAAGUCAUCCAUACUUCCUUACGAGAGGAUUUUGGUUUCAAGCACAUUCUUUGGAGUUGUGAUCCUGAAGCUCGCAGGAUGACUAACGAACAAAGAUCAGCAGUUGCUGAAUACUUCCGUGUUUACAAGGGGAAUGAGAACAAUGCAAGAAAAGUCACUCUUAUGGGUUAUUCUCUUUAUCCCUUCCUUGCGAGAUCGUAUGUGGAUUAUCUCAAGGGUUUCUUUGAGGGUGAGUUACAAGCAAAUCAAAGUAUAUUCUCUACCAAAGACAAGUAUGAAAAGAUACUUGACAUGAUUUCAGAUCAAGAUAUUCAAUCAGAGCUCAGAGAAAAGUGGGAGAAUUCUGCUUAUAGAUCAUCUCUAUCAGAAGAAGCCAUCAGCCUUGUUAGGUGGGACCAGCUUAAAAACACCCUCCAAUCCAAGAAACACAAGUUUUGUAUUGCUCCAACACUGCGUAUGUGCGUCGAAGAAAUCGCCUUCACCUUUACAUACCCUCGAAUUGAUUUGGAGGUCUCAAAACAAAUGAACCAUUUGCUUAAGGCACCUUUCUGUGUCCAUCCAAAAACAGGUCGUGUAUGUGUUUCUAUCGACCCAAACAACUGCGACGAGUUUGAUCCAUUGGCAGUUCCAACACUUUCACAGCUAAUAGAAGAAAUCAACUCGGGAGGCUCCAAAAUGGAUGUGGAUGAUGAUGAUUCAGAUACAAGUUUACUUGGGAAAUCAAUCAAGUUCUUCAGAUCCUCAUUCUUAGAACCCUUACUAAAAUCGUGCAAGGAAGAAAUAGAGAGUUCAUACAAAACAAAGAUUGGCAAGUCUAAGGAUUCGUUCAGCUGGUAACUGAGAGGUCUUGAGUUUACUUGGGUCGUUUACAGUCCGGUUAUGUGGUCUAAGUUUCGCUCUCUUAUCAGUUUAGUUUGUAAUGUACGGUCUUCACUAAGCUUUAGAAUCUAUCAGGAGAGUAGUCUAUCUCUUGUUGUUACGUUUCCGAAGAAAAUAAUAGCUUAUUGAUGUGCUUGAGUA